AACGCGAAGCAAACCACCAUUUCGGCCUCCCCACCCCCAUCCCAUCUCAUCCCCUCCGAGGCUCCAGGGACGGCGUGAUGAGGCCAGCGGCGCCGGCUGCGGCGGCGGACGCGCACCAGUCGCGGCUGCUCUACGAGCUCUGCGCGCUCCUGCUGACCGUCCUCGGAGCGUCGCCGGACGACGGGGCGGGGGCGCGGCCGCUGCUGCCGCGGCAGGUGACACCUGCCGGGGUGGCGUCCAUGCUGCUGGGCGCGUCCAUGGCGCUGAUGCUCUGCGGCUCGGUCACCUUCAUGCUCGGAUUCUUCCUCAUGCCCUGGGUCGUCGGGCUCGGCUUCCUCUUCCUCUUCGUCGGCUUCGUCACCAACCUCUCCGGGAUCUGGAGGGCCAUCCUCCUCUGGCCCUCCGCCGCGUGCUCGCCCAAGGAAGCAUCCUCCCCAUGGCAUAUACUUCCCAAGCCUUCAUUCAUGUCGAUGUGAAUGAAGGCAAUCACAAAGCCGGGCUCCCACGGAGGUGUAUAGAAACAGGGGAAUUCGAGCAGACUGUUUUGUCUUUGGCAGCCUAUAUUUUCCUUCCUGGACAACCUUUUCUUUUUUACCAUGUAACGCCGCAGCAAGUUUGGAAAUGGUUUUAUACUGUGGGGCUAGGAGGAUACUUGUCUGUACAUACGGAAAAGAUGAUCUGGUCUAAACAUCACGUGGAGCUUGUAAUUGUUUCAGAAACGUUGUUCCUUGGCAAAGAAAACGAGAGGUCCCGUAUCGCUGUUCCACCA